UCCCCAAAAAUUGAUACCCAGAAAGCGUCUAUCUCUCUCGUUUUCGUUUUUGCGUGAGCCGCCGCCGAUUUUGCUUGGCUUGCUUCCACCUAGAGGUUUUCGGGAACUCGCCGCUAAACAUACAUAUACUUUCCAUCUGUUGCAAAGUUUUGCUGUGAAACCAUGGCGACCAGGCUGCAAUUUGAGAACUCAUGUGAGGUUGGGGUUUUCUCCAAGCUGACUAAUGCUUACUGUUUGGUUGCCAUCGGAGGCUCUGAGAGCUUCUACAGCACAUUUGAGGCUGAGUUGGCAGAUGUUAUCCCUGUGGUUAAGACCUCUAUUGGUGGCACCCGCAUCAUUGGUCGCCUCUGUGCUGGGAAUAAAAAUGGGCUUCUUCUGCCUCACACCACCACAGACCAAGAACUACAACACUUGAGGAACAGCUUGCCUGACCAAGUUGUUGUUCAGCGCAUUGAAGAGAGACUAUCUGCUCUUGGUAACUGCAUUACGUGCAAUGAUCAUGUUGCUCUUACACACCCUGAUCUUGAUAGGGAAACUGAGGAGAUGGUCACAGAUGUUCUUGGGGUGGAAGUUUUUCGGAACACUAUUGCUACUAAUGUUCUUGUUGGCAGCUUUUGUGCCUUGUCCAACAGAGGUGGCUUGGUUCAUCCACACACAUCUGUUGAAGACUUGGAUGAACUUUCAACACUUCUUCAGGUUCCUCUGGUUGCUGGGACAGUCAACCGUGGUAGUGAAGUCAUAGCUGCUGGCAUGAUAGUGAAUGAUUGGACAGCAUUCUGUGGAUCUGAUACAACUGCCACAGAAGUCUCAGUGAUUGAAAGUGUGUUCAAGUUGAGGGAAGCUCAACCUAGUGCCAUUGUGGAUGAAAUGAGGAAAUCAUUGAUUGACAGCUAUGUCUGAGCUAAAUCUCUUUGAUACUUGAUACGAAACUGAAGAAGCUUUGUUUAAAGUCUUAAGUAGAAAAGAUCUAAUUUCUCCAAGAUGUAUAAUUCUUGCAUUGUUUAUGUUAGGACUUUGUUGAAUUUGAGUAAUUUUGUUGUUGGUUAUGUUGGGAAGAGCUGAACCAGUAUUGGCUGGGUUAUGUUAAGAGAAUGCCAUCUGUGUAAGAAGACUCCCAUAUGUUUACUCAUA